GAACGCUGUUUAUCUGAAACGUUGACCGGGGAUUUAGUCUUCAGACGUGUUAUAAAGUGAAUAACAUUUAUUAUUAUUAUUUUUUAAUGUUUUCAGGAUUGUGCGAGGCUUGAGUAGAUUAUUGACACCAUUGCAACAUGUCUGAUGCUUCAGAAAGCAUGGUUAUCGAACCCCCAGCAGAGGAGAUAAAGCAGGCACCUCAAACAGAGGCUGAUACUGAGGCAGAACAGCUCAGUAAGGAGGAUAAGGGGGAGAGAUCAGCGUCUGCAGAAGAUCCCAGAAAACAAGAACCACACUCCAGGCCAGACAGUGGACACUUACACCAUGAUGAGGGUCAAACGGCUGGUGAGAAAGUCGAGGAAGAGCCGGAGAAACCAGUAGAAGAACAAGAAACCAGUCAUGACAAACACCAGGGUGGACAGGAAGAAGAGGACCAAGAAAGCCAAGAGAUGGGCCAGGAAGGUGAACAGACAGCCCAGAGCGGUGAAGAUCUGGUCCACGGGGGUGAGGGGAUGAGCCAGGAAGCUGCAGAAUUGCCCAGGGGGGACCUGGCCCUGGGGAGUGGAGAGUCCAGUCUCAGGGAGUCUGAAGGUGGAGAAGGGAAGGGGAAGCACUCACCUCCUGGAGGAGACCCACUAGAAGACUCGCUGGUUUACACGGCCACUCCCAGGACACUCUUUGAAGAGAAAGAGGAGCCUCUGGUCAAAGCUCACCCACUGAAUCUAGAGUGGGUAUUUGGAAUCAACCAAAAUCUCCCUGUGUUCAGUCUGCAAGAUGAAGGCAGGAUUGUGAUCCUGUAUGGAAGUUCUCACACUGUGGUGAUGUAUGACUAUACUAACAGCACCCAGCACAUUCUCCAGGGUCACUGUAGUACUAUUUCAUGUCUCUGCGUCAGUGAAGACAGGAGAUGGGUAGCUUCAGCAGAUAAAGGUCCAGAGAGUUUGGUGAUAAUAUGGGACUCCUACUCAGGGAUUCCAGUUCAGACCCUGUUUCACUGUCACCCAGAAGGAGGGGUAUUAGCCAUGGCAAUGACUCCAGAUGCCAAAUAUGUUGCAACAAUUGGUGCAGACGCCGCUCAGAGAGUCUGCAUUUGGGACUGGUCUUCACAAAGGGAAGAUCCUGUCUGUGCAGCAGAACUGAGUGCUGCAUAUGGGGUGCAGGAUUACAUCUUGUUUAAUCCGAGUGAUUGCACACAGCUUGUCAGCAACAGUGAAAGCCAGGUUGUGUUCUACUCCUGGAACAAUGAGAAGCUGGAAUACACAGUGCCACAAGUUACAGAGAAGUCAUUUAACAAGGUUGUGGGAUCCUUCAGCCAGACGGUUUUCCAUUUCCGAGCUUCUCGGGCGCUCACAGGCACCUCUCUGGGGAACCUGGUGGUCUGGGACAGGAUCCGCAUCCCCACCCUCCUCAAACCACAUAAUAAGCAGGCCAAGAAAAUGAUGCAUGUGCAGAAGGACAGCAUUACAGUGCUAACUGUGACCGAUAGCUAUAUAGUGACAGGUGACAGUAAAGGACAUGUUAAGUUUUUCAGUGACCAGCUGCUACUUUUAACCUGGUACAACCACUUCAAUUUGGAUCCAGUUAGAUCCAUUUCCUUUGCUAAAGAACUGCCAUCUCUAGCAAGGGGGGAAACAGCAUACCCAUCAGACUGCACUAUCAAAGCUGACAAGCUUAUUAUCAGAAACUUUGUGAUAUCUGCUGCGGAUGCAGUAGUACUUCAUGUGGCUGCAGAAGCAACCCAGGUGAAUACCUUGGUGCAGGAGCACUGCAAGCCACUGCAUGCUGUAGCCUGUCACCCAGCCCAGCCUGUUAUCUGCAUGGGAAGCUACUGCGGAGUCCUCAAGGUGUGGGACUAUCAGUGCAAGAAAUACAUCUGCAGCAGAAUCUUUGAGAAGGAAAAUGAAAUCAAUUGCCUGACAUACGAUCCAAAAGGCUUACUAAUAGGGGUUGGUUUCACCAGUGGUGCCGUUUACAUCCUUGAUGCCCUAUCCCUGAACAAUGUGUGCAGUGAGCCCUUCGGAUAUGCUAAAGACACCAUCACCCAUAUCACCUUCUCCAGCGAUUCAAAAUACCUUGCCACUGCUGAUGCAGAAUUUACAAUCACGGUUUUUAAUCUUGUUUCUAAAAACGGUGAGAAAAGCUGGCAGUACCUGGGGAGGCAGCGUGCUCACUAUAAACCAAUCCAGGAUAUCAUGUUUGGGAUUAACCUGGACAGUAAAAUGCCAAGGCUGCUGUCUCUUGGCAUGGACAGAGUGUUGGUAGAGUAUGACCUCAGUGACAGCAGUAAGGACGACCUGCGGAUCCUGGCCAGUGAUCACAUUGAACAGAGCGCUGUAGCCAAAUGCAUGACCUGGUACCCACCCGUCACCAAAGAGAGCUUCAUCCUCACAGCCAAUGACCAGUUCAAGAUGAAACUCUAUAACUCUACCACGAAAAUGUGCAGAAAGACACUCCUGGGACCAACAUAUGGGUCUCCUUUAAAGAAGAUAGCUUUGCUCCCUGUUGCAUGUAGUAAUGAGCUUAAAACCAGCUAUCUUGCAUACAUUACAGAAGACCAGGUUGGCCUCCAGAUCCUGCCUGUGGAUGGGAAUCCCCAUAAGUCUUCAGCCGUUGUCUGUCACCCCGAGGGGGUCUCCUCAUUCGCCUGCUCCUAUGAUGGGAAGUAUGUGUUCACUGCGGGAGGAGGCGACUUCACAGUGUUCAGCUGGGAGACUAACAUGAAUGCCCUCGAAGCUGCAGCGUGCCUCGGAGGAAAAGACCUGGUCCCUUUCUAUAGUCUGCUGGAAGGGGGGAGAGAUGGAGAGCUGUUUAGGGAGCUUGAAGACUAUUUUUAUUAUUGCCAGUUGCGAACUCAAGGUAUUGACACCAUGGAAACCAGGCAGGUAUCAACAAAAAUCCCCCUGACUGAGACCCCCUUUGUGAUGCGGGCGCUGGGGUUCUACCCAACCGAGCAGGAGGUUGAAGAUAUGCUCAAUGAAAUCAAAUUCAGUAAAUAUGUGGACACUGGAAAGUAUGUGAUAGAUAUCGAUUUAGCGGAUUUGUUAAAGCUUUAUAUAAACCACCGACCAGCUUUCGGCAUUUCAGCAUACGAACUGCAGCAUGCAUUUGAGGUUUUGGGCUUGCAAAACGAGAACUGUGGGAAUGCACUGAACCGAGGGGAACUACUGCAACUGCUGCAGAGCACAGGGGAGCAUAUGACAGAGGAAGAGCUGGCAGAGUAUUUUUCAACACUGUUGGGUUUAAAUCCCGAAGGAGGAAGGUCAGAGCUGGGGAAUUAUGAUUCAGCAGGUUCAAAACAUUUGUUGGAGAAUGCUAUUCCAGAGGAAAUAACUGCAGAGAUGUUUACUGUUGAUAUUUUGGGUUUGCCUACAUUUAUUCUUGGGCCUGAACCUUCUGAAGAACAGCUGACAGCUCAGGAGUCCGAAUGAUCAUAGCUGGCAAGAUCAUGUCACUGUCUCCUGUAAUAAAUACACACAGACAGGGAUGGGAGGGGAUGUGGAGCCCCUGUGUAAUUGCACUGUUUUAUAAUUCCUGUGGUGCAGCCCUGCACUGCUUGAAUACUCCAUGCUAUAUUUUAUACCACAGCAAUAAAAACAACUUUAAUGAAAUCCCUGUUCAGAUCUUUCAGAAGUUUAUUUUUUCUUUAAAUGGGUUCUAAAUGAUCUGGUUUCAGUAGAAUACAGAUUGUUACCUUAGGUAGGGUGGUCCAAGAUCAGGGCUCAUCUUC